CAGGAUCGCGAAAAAGACAUCAUUCGGAAACGAGAUAUUUUGCAAAGAGUGUCUGGCAACUACCUUGGAUGUGGGAAGAUAACAGACACACAAUUCCACGACCAUACCUUUCUAUCCCUUCUUCACUGCAUUGCAUUUCCAUAACCCAAAAACAAUGGCACUUGUGAGCCACGUUAGUGUGAGUUGUGCAGCCACACCGGCGUCACCAGAGUCUCCAAGUUCCGCACCCUUGCCGGACCCAAAGCAAACCAAAGUCAUCCUUCCCAAGAAGAAGCCCAUGAAAUGGUCCACCGGCGUGGCUCCCGGGGAGUACGGCGGCCCUCCGACCACCACCAAGCUCCGCAAGUACUGGGGCGGCGAUGACGAGGACCCUUUGGCCUCCGAUGACUUCAUGUGGAACAAGGAGUUUGUGGGUCGCUUCAAAAAGUUGAUUCAGGACCCUCAAGUUCAACCCCCUCCUGCAAAGGAAAAGCCUUCAGGGUUUCUAAGCUUAAAUAGAGUGAUGAGCCUGGACAGUUUGGAAGUUGAUUUAAGCAAAGAACUUGCAGCUCCUGUAAAUCAUAAUGUACACAAGCAAAUUGAAACAGAAACGGUGACUGAAAACAAUAGGGUAAGAUAUAAAUCAGCACCAACACGCCGAGAGCAAGAAAAAUGGGAUAGAGCUACCAAAGCUGCAACUGGGGGCAGCGAUGUGAUGUUCCGGGAAAUAAGGCAGCCUCGUGAAGAUCCAAAAGUACUGGCUGCUCGAGCUAAGGAGCAGUAUGAUAAGUUAAAGACGAAGAUGCAAAUUCUUACCUUGGGUAUAGGUGGAGUUGGUCUGGUUUCAGCUUAUGUUUCUUAUUCUCCUGAGAUUGCAGCUAGCUUCGGUGCUGGCUUGCUUGGAUCUUUGAUGUACAUUCGCAUGCUGGGAAGUAGUGUGGACUCACUAAGAACUGAUGGUGGAAAGGCCCUUAUCAAGGGAGCAAUAGGGCAGCCACGAUUACUGGUUCCUGUUGUUUUAGUCAUGGUUUAUAACCGCUGGAAUGCGAUUCUGGUUCCAGAAUUUGGAUUUAUGCACUUAGAAUUGAUACCAAUGCUAGUAGGUUUUUUCACAUACAAGAUUGCAACUUUUGCUCAAGCUCUAGAGGAUGCGAUUAAUGUAGCUACAAAGAAAACAUAAAUAUCAAGGGUGGAGGGGAAGGAUACCUUCUCAUUAUAUUUGGGUUUUCUCUCCCACAUUUUGAACAUAGUUGUAUUUAUUAUGAUUUUCCAAUUCCAUAUUUGGAUUAUUUAUUUCCAGAUACUUGGCCAACAUUUCUAUCA